AUGCCACCUGCCCCCAUAAGGGAUGCCACCGGUGAGACCUGCUACAACCCCUGGCUUGAAGCGUUUAACGACGGCCUGGAUUACGCUGGAUCGCCACCGCAAAGCAUGUCCCUCGUUGUCUUGGAGUUUAACGACAGGAGUCCCUCGUUGGACACCCAAAAAGUCCGGAAAAGUUGGCUCAAACGCGAAGAUACCUGGAACUUGCCAAGCGUCCAAGAAAUGAAUCCGCUAGGGAACCCAGAAAAGUCAACAGCUCUCUGGAUCGGAUGGUUCCUUCCAACAGUGAUAUGGGAUUCCGAUGACAGACGUUUCACGAUCAAUGAAUGCGUGCAGAAUUGCGGCACAUCUCCCAUCAAGCAUGAUCUCGUCAAAAAGGACUUCAAGGUAGUUUACAAAUUGGGGAGCAAGUUCCAACCGAAGCUAUUCGCGCUAUACGAUCCUGACGAAAACGGUCUUUGCCGUGCCAGAGUUGUGCUCCAUGGGGUUGAUAAUAUCUUUUUCUUCAAAGAGUGGAGAGAUGACACUCUUUGCGGACGUUCGCUUCGUCAGCGAUUUUGGUUGCAGAAAGUGAAGGCGGGAGCACUAAGGGCCUGUUUAUUGGAACACUCUGCGUUGCGAUCGCCCGUGCAACGCCAUCGUCAGGUGUCUGAAUCUUGGUCUGAAGAGAACGACGAAGAGAGUUCAGACUCGGGUCAAUCAACACGAACCAUAUCCCAUUUUGAUUCGUCUUCGGACUCAGACCCUUCUACGGACGAGGAAGACAGCGUCGGCAUCGACUUGGGCACCAGAGACCAUCAAAUCGGAUGGAGCCAUGAUAGAGAGGAGAACGACCUGGCCAGCAAUACUUCUGAGCACAGCUCCAUAGAGAGUCCACGAACGAGGAUUAUAACGCUGCGAGUGCCUCAGCGCAACGGACCUUUCAUCCCGGCCUCACCCCUUCGUCAGGACAGUGGAUCUAUCAAUCUCCUGAGGAACUCCAUUCCCGCUUCCAGCCCUACUCUAGGAAGAAGGAACAAGAGGCAGGCAGAUCAGCAAAGCGAGUCCGAGAGUGGCCCGACCCAAAAACGACAUCAACCUUUACGAACCGGCGAGGCAUCCGUAGACCAGCCAAAGAGCAUUGAGUCUGAUAUUGGGAUCCACAUCAAGCGUGAAGUGAUGGACAAGAGCGAUGACGACGUCCAGUUCGUCAAGGUUGUCCCGGUGACGAGAGGCCAAGAGGAUUCGCAUGCAGAGCACUCAACAAACAGAGUUCCCUUGAACAACAGCGUUGUUUUCGUCGCUGAGUUUCUCGCUGCGGGAAAGCUUCCACAACUGGCGCGACUUCCCGACGUCUUCUCCAGAGAAGUCAUGCUUGAGACUUUCCGAGAGCAUUUGACAUCGACAGACAUGUCAGAUUUCGAUGCUCUGGUCAAAAACAUUGUGUUUUCCGCGGAUGAAAGUGUCCGUGUUAUGCUCGCGGAGACUUUGGGAGAGAAGUUGAGGAAGAGACUGCCUGCAGUAAGCGAUGAUUGCUCGAUCAGGAGCUAG